AUGAAGAAUCAUUUAAGAGUAUUUCUUAUAUUUGGCAUAUUUUACAUAUUCCAAGGAUGUGAUUAUUUCGAUACCGUUGACCUUACAAACAGCAUUAAAUUUGAAAAUGGAUCAUAUCAGUACGAAGAUGUAUUGAUACCAAAAGAAAAAACGCGGGAAUACGAUUACCAAAUUUUAUUUAAUGGCGAUUACGAAACAGUGCCCAAGCAUAUAAGGGGUUGUGUAUGUCAUUUAAAAACGUGCAUACGUUUUUGCUGUAAUCCAAAACAAUUGCUUUUAAAAGGUAAACGAACUUGCGAAGAUAUUGACAAAAAUAUACAUUAUGAUAUGUUAUUAAACAUAACAUAUAAUGAAACACUAACAAAAGAUAUAAAUGACUUGGAGUUCAUAGUGCAACAACAUCUUCCUGUACCUUGUCAUGAUCAUUUUUAUCUUGAACCUGAUAAUCCAGACCACGCCUGGACUUUGUACGAAAAUGGCACUCUUCUCAGACAUUUUGACAGCGCACUACUUACAAAACAGGAUUAUUGUUUACAGCCUCGAAAAUUUCAAGAUCUCUACAAGCUUGUGCCGUAUCAUUGCCUUCCACCUGUAGACAAUUCUACCGUUUAUAGUAAGUAA